AUGUUCCGCCCCAGCGAUAGUGGCUUCCGCCAGAAGUUGACUGGCCUUACAUUGAAGGGUGCUCUAUAUGGUUCAUGGAUCCUGGGCGUGUUUCCCUUCACCUACGACAGCUGGACGAGGAAAUUGCAUCGUUCCAAGUGGUUAAUUGCGUAUGGCUUAAUACUGAAUACGGCUUUGAUUCUGCUGGUGGUUACCAACGACACGGAGAGCGAAACGCCAUUGAAGAUGCAGGUGUUCCAUCGGAAUGCACUGGCUGAGCAGGUAAAUGGAAUCCACGAUAUUCAGAGUCUUUCGAUGGUGUCAAUAAUGCUGCUGAGAGGUUUCUGGAAAAGCGGCGAUAUCGAAAAGCUUCUCAAUGAACUGCAGGAUCUUCAGCAUCGACACUUUCGUCAUUUUUCCUUUGUGGAGGAAGGCAGUCACUUCGAUAGCUUUGUCAUGUACAAAGGUUUAUCGAUAGUUUUGGAAAUUUUAUCCAUGUUGAUUCUGGAGCUAGGAAUGUCGCCUUUUUUCAGUGCUCAACUAUUCAUAGGAGUUACCAGUUUGUGUUUGAUGAUACUCUCUGUUCUUUUGGGAGCUUCACACUUUCACCUAGCUCUGGCCUUUGUCUAUCGAAAUGUUUGGACUGUAAAUAGGGAACUUCUCAGACUAGUUAACAAACUGGCCAAUGGAGAAACGGUAAAGUCUGAAAGGGUUGACUAUUUGCUCAAUCUCUAUCAUCGCCUUUUCAAACUCAGCAAUCGGUUGAUAUCGGUUUACGACUAUCAAAUGGUCAUGGUGAUGGCCAGUUUUCUGAUUGCCAACGUUCUGGGCAUCUACUUCUUCAUUAUCUACUCUAUCAGCCUAAAAAAUAACCUGGAUAUUAAGAUAGUGGUCUUUAUACAAGCCCUUGUUAUCAAUAUGGUUGACUUUUGGCUCAAUGUUGAGAUUUGUGAUUUAACAGAAAGAACUGGAAGGCAAACCUCCACCAUACUUAAGCUGUUCAAUGAUAUCGAAAACAUAGAGGAGAAACUGGAGAGAAGUAUCUCUGAUUUUGCCCUUUACUGCAGCCAUCGCAGGUUGAGAUUCCAGCAUUGCGGCCUCUUUUACGUUAACUACGAGAUGGGUUUCCGCAUGGCCAUCACCAGCUUUCUGUACCUGCUGUUUCUCAUCCAGUUUGAUUUUUGGAACCUGUGA